AUGACAGCCCACAGACAGGCUCAACUCAAGCCUCAUUUCCUCCAGAAGGCUGCCUUGAAUCGCCUCUCCCCAGGGCACAGUCAGGAGAGCCUUGGCUGUACUCCUGGAAUACCUGUGGCACCAUCUGUCCUGGCCAGACAGGCCUGUCUCCCCCAGAACCAUGAACUCUCCCAGGACCCCCACCCCAGCCGGCUCGGACCCCCUUUCUCUGGUGCAGGCCUCACUAGAGCUCCGAGGCUGCGAAUGCGGCGGGGGAACCUAGUGUGGGCGGAACUCGAGUGCAGCGGCGCGAGGCUUCCGGGGGAGCCACAAGGGCAACGGGUCGGCGGAGGCAGAAAAGCGUCGGACGCCGGGCCGAUCAUGGACGCUUGA